AUGCCACUUCUAGCGAGGGAACAGGAGAGAGACGUCUCUCAGAAGCUACAGAAGUUCUGGAAAAAAAAAUUGAAGCUACGUAAACUGCGGCGAGCUAUCGCUCUCAUGAUUUCACCUGAGAAUUUUUCUCGCACUCUAUCAGGUAGCGCCCCAGUGACCAGUGAAUCCAUCAUGUCUUCUAAGAAGCCAGAAUCAAGUGUUAUGUCUUCAGAGACCUCUGAGGAAAGUUUUGAAGAGGAGAAUAUCUUGAAGAGAGUUGGCAGCCUGCCCUUGGUUUGCUCCGUCUGUGACUUGGUUUCUUCAAACUACACCUCCAUCAAAAGAAAAAGUUCGUACCUUCAGACGGUGUGUGAUGGAGCAGAGAAAGGGGUGAAGACCCUCACGGGAGUUGCAGUCAACAGGGCACAGCCAUUGUUGACUUCGUUCGAGCCUCAGCUUGUAACAGCAAACAAAUAUGCCUGUCGGGGCCUAGAUACAAUGGAGGAGAAACUGCCUAUCCUUCAACAGACAGCUGACCAGGUUGUCUCUGAUACAAAAGAACUGAUGUCCUCUAAAGUCACAGAUGCCAAGAACGCUGUAACCCGCAGGGUAUCGGGGAUGGUCGGUUUGACCAAAGAUGCUGUGCAGGGUAGUGUGAAGACCACUGCAUCCAUGGUGACCAGUAGUAUGAGCCUGGUGAUGGGAACAAGAAUGGGACAGAUGGCCAAGAACAGUGUGGAAGCCAUGCUGGGCAAGUCCUAUGCAUUUGUGGAUCACUAUCUCCUCGUAGACGAAGAUAUGGUGGAGCUUAAAACAUGCUGUGAAGGCAAAGUGGAAGAACCCAGGCAACAAAUGCAGACACAGAUAGUGUGCGACAGCUACCUGGCCUGCCUGCUUUCCCUGUUGAGCAAAUUCCACCGCUACGCUUCCAAGCAGUCACGGCACCACCUGCGACGCGCAAUCCGGUGCUUCCAGAGAGUCCUCAAAAAAUGCUAUCUGGAAUGGAGAGCUGGGCUGCUAGCCUUGCACUAUACCAUAACGCUUCCCCUGAGGACCAUCCACCUGAUCGUCCUGUUUACCAUCGAAGAACUAUCGUCCAAGUUUCACGAGCAUGUCCCCCAAGCCUCUUACGUCGCUGCGGAAUUCCAGGUGGCCCUCUCCACCCUUGAUUGCCUACAGGAUCUCUGCCAGAGGGUCUUUACCCGAGUUUGGGGGAAAAUGUUGGAGGAGGAGAACCUGAACACGCUCCUGAACUACAUCGCCCAAACCCUUCCCUUUUGUUUCUUUGUAAACUACUGCAAAUGUAGGACCAACCCAGGCAACACCCUACGGGCUUUAAAGGCCAUGCAAAAGGUGCAGGCCUCAAGAGACAGCCUCCUUGGGCUGCAGGAAUCUGGAAGCAGCAACUUGACAUUGAUCACCUGA